AUGUUUAAUUGUUUGAUUCUCGUACUUAUAAUUAGUGGUUAUGUUAAUCACGGACUUUGUGUGUACUAUGAUUCGUACUCGGGUACGCCUGUUAAUGUGGAAGAAGUGAAAAAACAUGACAAGCAGAAUAACACGUUUUGGUGCAUAAACCAAAUCGAGCCAUGCGUGGCUGAGGAAUGGCGGCGUGUGGAUGGUUCCUGUAACAACCUACGUCAGCCUGCUAGAGGAGCCUCGCACACACCUACAUAUAGACUACUGCCGCCUGUAUAUGGAAAAAAUUUCGAGAAAAGACAAUCAAAGUCCGGCCAGUCUUUGCCAUUGGAAAGGUUCCUAAGAACGACGUUGGUAGCUAUGGGCAAACUGCCUGAUCAGAAGUUCACGACACUUUCGACCAAUUUUCUUGUAUUCAUGACUGCAGAUGUUUUAUCUUUGCACGAUACAGUGAAAUUUAUCGCAUGGAAACCUUACUGUUGUCUGCCUAAAGGCAGGACUGAUAAUGAUUGCGUUCCUAACAAGGUACCCGAUGACGAUCCUGUCCAUCGCUUCUCAGACAUAAGAUGCUUAAAUAUGACGAGGCCUGAAUCUUUUCAAUCUAUCGGUUGUAUUAAAAACGGCACAGUUCCUGAAAGGAUAAUAACAGCGACACCAACGUUUGAUCUUUCACCUGUAUAUAGCAGUAGUUUAAAGCUACUGUCUGAGAAGGGUCGUCUUUUCAAAGGUGGUUUAUUAAAAUAUGAAGUUGAAGAAGGCAGAAUCUGGCCUCCGAGUAUUAAGACUGGGUCUGGCGUUUGUUUCUUGAACCAAAGACCUCAAGAAGGCAGAUGUCACGACACACCGGAAGAUGGCGCUAAUAGCUUAGCCGGUAUCAACCUGGUAACCAUUUGGCUGUGGAGGCAACACAACUUUAUUGCAUCUGCAUUAUCUAAGAUUAACCCGUGCUGGAAUGAUGAUAGACUCUUCUAUACAGCACGAGACAUCAAUAUUGCUACUGUGAUGCAAAUUUUCUAUUAUGAGUUGCUGCCAGCGUUAUUUGGCCAUGAAAAUUUACUAAAGGAUGGAGUUUUGUCUUAUACGAAUGGAUUCAGAGAUUCUUACAAUGAGAAUCUUAUCCCUCAAAUAUCACUUGAGUUUCCGUUUGUUCUUCGUUGGUUCCACACUACUCAGGAGGGGGAUAUGAAAUUAUUUGAUACUCAAGGCCAUUAUUUAAGAAAAGUUCCCAUUGUAAAUCUCACUCUGCGAACUGGUUUCUUUGGUGUGGAUGAUAACAUUGAUUACGUCACACAAGGCAACUUUAGACAGGGCACUGCGAAAGCUGACUACAUUGUAGAUCCUGAUGUAGUAAAUAUAGGUUUAGGACCGCAUCAAAGAGCUUCUGAUCUUCUGACUAAUGAUUUAGCAAAGAAUCGUCUCUUCGGUUUUCCACCUUACAUCAAAUACAGAGAAUUCUGCUUCAAACAAUCAUUCAAGACAUUCGAUGAUCUACUUCAAGCUAUUGAACCAGAAAGAGCGGAGCUUCUUAGACAGGUGUAUGAGAAUGUAGAGGACAUUGAUCUUAUAGCUGGCAUUUGGCUGGAGAAGCUGAUCCCUGGUGGGCACGUGCCGCCUACUUUAUACUGCGUUGUGGUGGAGCAGCUACUGAGGGUUAUCACAUCAGACCGGCAUUGGUACGAGAGACCUAAUCGACCGAAUGCUUUCACUUAUGAACAACUGAUGGAGAUAAGGAAGGCAUCGGCGGCUCGGCUGCUGUGCGACGUAGGAGACAAGGUGACACAGAUACAACGACAUGCUUUUUACAGGAUUACUACCAAAAACCCGCUGUGCAGCUGUGAGAGUAUCGCAUCUGUCAACCUUUGGGCUUGGAAGGAUUCUAAAUGUGGUAGCGUCGGAUCCAACUUCGGCCCGCUCUAUGGUCCGGCUAGUCUAAACCGUAAUGAUUUUUUUUAA